AUGACACCCUGCACUUAUUUCAAGCAAUCUUCUGGGUUGGGCUUAACUCGAUCGUUACGAACUUUUGUUAUGCGAACACUAGAUAGCUGUGCGCGAACUUCUUCUCGAACAGUUUCAUUUGAUGCAUAUGACACAGAAGAAUAAUCUGAGAAAAGAAAAAAGAAAAAAUCUUCUGCUCGUGCACCGUAAGACACAUAAUUGGGCCGGCCCAACUAGGCCCAGCCCAAUAAGUUCCGGCCCAUUUAGGCCCAUUGUAACAGCCUCUGGUGGAGAGGUUGGGCGGAUGAGGAAGCAGCUGCUCUCCUCGCUGCUCAUCCACCUGACCUUAGCUGAGCUGGGCAUGGCCACGGCAACCGCCUCCGCCGCCUCGCGGACCUUCCUCCACCACCAGCGCCACCGCCACCAUAGGCGGCUCAUCCUCUUCCCCUUCUACCUCUGCCCACCAACUUCCAAAGGACCCUCCUUUCUCUUCCACAGAAUCCACGCCACCAGCAGAGCCCUAAGCCCGACACCGCCGCCGUCAACUGGCCAGCAAACCCGCCUCCCGAACGUAAUUGAAAUCCUUGAGCAGAGGGGGCUGCUUGAAUCCACCACCGGUGACGGCCUCCGCGGGGCGUCCUCCUCCAGCACUCUCCGGGUCUACUGCGGGUUCGACCCGACAGCGGAGAGCCUCCACCUGGGCAACCUCUUGGGCAUCAUCGUGCUGUCGUGGUUCCAGAGGUGCGGACACCGCGUGGUAGCCCUGAUCGGUGGCGCCACCGGCCGUGUCGGGGACCCUUCGGGCAAGAGCCUCGAACGGCCCGAGCUCAAUGUCGAGACGCUGGAGAGGAACACUGCGGGAAUCACCGAAAUCGUGAGGGGGAUUCUAGGCAGAGGUGAUGAUCAAGACAGCUCCUUUGCGAUAUUGAACAACUAUGACUGGUGGAAAGAUGUGAAAUUGCUCGAAUUCCUGAAGAACGUCGGCCGGUAUGCUCGGGUCGGGACUAUGAUGGCGAAGGAGAGUGUGAAGAAGAGGUUGGAAUCGGAGACCGGGAUGAGUUACACCGAGUUCACUUACCAAUUGCUUCAGGGCUAUGAUUUCUUGUACUUGUUUCAGAAUGAGGGAGUUAGUGUUCAGAUUGGUGGGAGUGAUCAAUGGGGGAACAUUACUGCUGGGACUGAGCUGAUCAGGAAGAUCUUGCAGGCUGAAGGGGCUUAUGGUCUCACUUUCCCGCUCCUGCUCAAGAGCGACGGGACCAAGUUCGGGAAGUCCGAGGAUGGAGCCAUCUGGCUCUCCCCGUCGAUGCUGUCUCCCUACAAAUUCUAUCAGUACUUCUUCUCUGUUCCCGAUUCCGAUGUUGUGAGGUUCCUCAAGGUCCUCACUUUCUUGGACAUGGAGGAGAUUGUUCGGUUGGAGAGGGAGAUGAAAAGCCCGGGGUAUGUUCCCAACAUGGCGCAGAGGAGGCUUGCCGAGGAAGUGACUCGAUUCGUGCACGGCGAGUCGGGUCUGCAGGAGGCCCUCAAGGCCACCGAGGCCCUGAGACCUGGGGCUGAGACAAAGCUGGAUUGGAAGACCAUAGAAGGGAUCGCUGAGGAUGUCCCUUCGUGUUCCCUGGCCUAUGGCGAUGUGUUGAACAUCUCAAUUGUCGACAUUUCUGUCUCUUCCGGCCUGCUUGAGAGUAAAUCAGCUGCCCGGCGGUUGUUGAAGCAAGGGGGUCUUUAUUUGAACAAUUGCAGGGUAGACAGCGAGAGUAAGAGGAUCGAGGAUGAAGACAUCGUCGAUGGAAAGGUCCUUCUGUUGUCGGCUGGCAAGAAGAACAAGGUCGUCGUCAGGAUAUCAUGAUAUUAGCUCGGAGUUAAGUUCAUUGCCUUCGAUUGUUUCCAAAUCACGUGAUGUUCAUGUUGAUUGGAUGGGAUUUUGAGAUGAGUGUCAUUAAAUCGUCAUUGAAUCACUGUAAUCAUAAAUGAUAAAUCGGCCGUGUAUGAUA